AUUUACAUAAAACCCUAAUAAAUCGCCGCAGUUUAUCUUCUUCUUCCUUUUCAUCUACACCAGCCGUGUAGAAUCUGUGAAAUUAGGGUUUAAAUUUUGAAGAAAAAAUGGCAGAAGUAGAGGAAGCAAAGCCGAUUACAUAUAUUCCAGAGAUUGUACUGAAGAAAAGAAAGCAUAAGGAAGAAUCAAUAGCACUAACAAGAAAAACCCAGUUGGAAUCUAGCAAAUUCGCCUACAAAAAGAGGAAAUUCGAUGAUAUUAAACGGCCCGAGCAGUUCAUCAAGAAUUUCAGAGAUAAGGAAUUGGAUCAUGUUCGGAUGAAACAGAGGUCUAAGAGGCCAAAAUCAGCGUCUCUGACGCCGAAGUCGAGUCUUAUAUUCAUCAUUCGCUUGCGAUGUAAAACUGCUUUGCAUCCGGCUACUAGGAAGAUUUUAUACAAUCUGAAUUUGCGGAGACCGUUGCAUGGUGUUUUCAUGAAGGCAAGUGCUGGGAUGUUGGAAAAGCUGCAGAAGGUGGAGCCUUAUGUUACAUUUGGAUAUCCAAAUCUUAAGAAUGUGACCGAGUUAAUUCGCAAGAAGGGUUAUGGAAUGCUGAACAAUCAAAGAGUUCCAUUGAUAGAUAACAACAUUAUCGAACAGGCGCUAGGAAAGUAUGGCAUUCUUUGUUUGGAAGAUGUCAUACAUGAAAUUGCUAAUGUCGGUCCACAUUUCAAAGAGAUCAGUAGCUUUUUGGGGCCAUUUGCACUCAGCAAGCCUAAGGAAGGUAUGAAAGGGACGAAAGCCCCAUUCAAAGACGGAGGAGACGCUGGAAAUCGUGAGGACAAAAUAAAUGAUCUGAUUGAUAGGAUGAAUUAAUUGUUGAGAAAAUGAGGUCUUGAGCACCAAGAAAUUGUACCUCACCUAACAUUAAGAUGUAUAACAGUUUUGAGUUACUUGGAGUUGGAUGCUGUUUGCAGUAUAAUUUAAUGAAGUUCCUUUGGUUUA